AUGCCAACUUCACUUCACCCACAGGCCAAAUUCGAUCCCAUUCCACCGGACCUUGACUUGCAGGGCCUAGUAGAUCGCACGCCAAACUUCAAAUGGGUUCAGAGAGUCUCAAGGAUUCAAAUACUUCGUCUUGGCCAGCAAGGAUUUGAAAAACUUAUUCAAAUACAUGUCAUUGCUGGAGGGAAGCCAUUAGUCAUUGAUGGCUGGGAUGCACUUUUGUCAAAGGAGCUUUUCAAUGUCAGCUGGCUUGAGAAGACGUAUGAUAAAAAAGAGGAGAAUGUUCGCGACAUAAAUGCCGGAACAGAUAUUCCGAUGACGACCGGACAUUAUCUGAGGUCAAUGAAGCAACUGACAAACCAAUGGACUCCACAAAACUACCGUGACGAGCGUCGACAACGACUUUAUCUGAAAGACAUCGACUGUCCUGUGGAAUGGCGACGUGAGCUGCAGACAAUUUUGCAUCCCAACUUAUUCUAUCUGAACGACAAUGUAACGACAUCGGGUUCAUCGAAUUCAGCACAACCACCUGGAGGCGAUAGGCAAGAUGGUGCGAGCUCUAUAGCUCCCGCCGGGGACCUUAUGUCAAGCCUACCGGAGGAGAUGCGGGCCGAAAACUUGAUGUGCUAUGUUGGUCACGAAGGUACCUAUACGCCAGCGCAUCGUGAGAUGUGUGCCUCUGUUGGACACAAUAUCAUGGUGGAGACCUCAGGUGACAGUCCGGGAGAAAGACCCGGAAGUUCUAUCUGGUUUAUGACCGAAAGUAAAGAUCGAGACGUGGUCCGUGAAUACUUCUUGUCCAUGUUGGGUCAUGAUAUUGAGAUUGAAAAGCAUUUUGCGCAAAUCAACGCCUGGAAAAAGGCACCUUUCGAUGUCUACCUUGUGGAUCAGCGCGCCGGUGACUUUAUUAUCAUUCCGCCGCUGGCAGCGCACCAAGUCUGGAACAGAGGCACACGAACAAUGAAAGUAGCCUGGAAUCGCACCACCCCUGAGACUCUGUGCCUGGCGCUUCGCGAGGCUCUACCAAAAGCGAGACUGGUGUGUCGUGAUGAACAGUAUAAGAACAAGGCCAUGAUAUAUUUUACUCUCCACAAGUAUUAUCAACUCCUGAAAGAAAUGGAAAGACAAGAAGAUAUGACCCAGAAUAGCCUCAUGGGGAUCGGACGAGAUAUUGUCAGAAAUUCACCUCGGGCAAGACAACUCGCUGGAGACUUCAGGUCCCUAUUCACUCUUUUCACGGAAAUACUCGUUGACGAGACUUUUGCAUACAAAGAGAAGAGCGUCGAAAAAUUGGCCUUUGACUCAUGUGUCACUUGCUCGUACUGCCGCUGCAAUAUAUUCAAUCGAUUCCUGACCUGCAAAAAUUGCACAAGGGCUCUUGUUGACGGAGAUGAAGAUGCAUACGACAUAUGCAUGGAAUGUUACGCCAUGGGAAGAUCUUGUGCUUGCUUAUCCGGUCUUCAAUGGUGUGAACAAUGGUCUUGGUCUGAGCUUAGCGAGAAAUAUGAGCUAUGGCGUGAAAUGGUCAUUAUCAAUGAUGGCUUCGUUGAUUUGCAUGGCUCACCUCCUCCUUUUGAGGCAGCUAGACAAAAAUCGGCUAAGAAAUCAGUGGCACAGAUAUGCCAGGAGGCUCUCAUCAGGCGCCCCUGGAAAGACAUCACGAAACAAGAUUUCGGCAAAGUUUCAAGCGAUUCUGAGCAAGGAGACGUCGAGGAUGGCCCCAAGAAAAAAACAAAAAGAAAACAAAAGAAGGGCGAAGUCCGCCGAUGUCAUGUAUGCUGUCACAAGGACUACAGUUAUCGAGUUCAUGAAUGCUCGAAUCCGGAGUGUGCAGAGGCAUAUUGCUACGGUGUCCUCUAUAGAGCUUUCGAUAUGAUGCCGCAAGCAGUCUUGCAGGAUGAAACCUGGCAAUGCCCCAAAUGUUUGGGCAUUUGCAAUUGUGGGCAUUGCCGUCGGGCAGGAAACAUGAACCCAUAUACCCCCAGGAACACGUCACUUGGCCAUGAUACUCGGCCAAUCGCGGAUGACCGGAGUGUAGAAGCCCUGGUUGAUUUUCGCGUGCACAAUUUGUCCUGGCUGAAGGCUGCUGGAGAGGAAAGCCGGAGCAGAGACAGUCGCAGAAUGCAAAGAUUGCGGCAACAAGCCGACCACGCUAAAGCACGAAGCGAGCUGGCUGGAGUCGAAGGUGGAAAGGCUUUCCCUGAAGACGGCGAUAGUUCUCAGAGGGUCGCAAACACGGACCAAGACCCGCGGGGUUUUGAAAGACAAGGUGUUAGCGACUAUCCCACACUGGCAUUGGAGUCCGGGAACAACUCACAGCCAAGGCCGGACUUAGGGGGAUCAGCGGUUGCGCAGGACUGUAUAUCUCCUUACCCAGAUCCGUCUGUGGCUUCAAAUUAUGGCAUCGGGAUGGGGUACUAUGAGCAGGACGAUACCCCGGACAAAAUUCUCUUUGAUCCAUAUAACGCUCCUCUUACUGCUAUACCCCUGGCCGACCUCGAAGUACCUGAUUCUGUCAAGAAGUCUAUUCGUGCCGCGAAGAGAAAAGCCAAACGAGAUAGUGAGGACCCGGAUUUCACUGUAGGGAGAUCUAGUCACAAAAGGAUCCGGCAUAUGAGUGGUGCAGAUAUAUUGGAUAAUGUGGACCCCGCUCUCUUUGAUACGGAAUCAUCAAUGUCAUUCACAUUACGCCAAAAACGUACGCAAUCGAGCAUUGCCAUAGGACCUCUCACAAACGACCACGAUACAAAUCAAGAGCCAUCUUCAACAAGAUCCCUCGCUGGAGAUAUAUCCACGGAACCCACCCUUCGGCAUGCAAGGCCCCUGGCAUCAUACGUAGAAGUUGACGAUCUUGACAUGGAAGAGAUAGAGGAGGGCGAAACGGUUGCCGAGAGAUCUGCUCCGGAGUUCGUUUUGGACGAUACGAGUGCGAAAUCGACCGAACUUGUGCAACUGUCGGAAGAUCAACGUGGUCUAGUUGAGCAGAAGGCACUUGAGCAGAAACUCUCGGCAACAAGAAGAAACCUCGAGUCAAGUCGGAGCGGAAAAAGACGCGGUCGGCCUCCUGGUCGGCCUUCCCGGGUCAAUGUGAGGCGUGUCGACUCUACAUCAACGGCCAACCCAAUAAGCCCCGCGCCAGGGAUCCACACGCGUGGUCGGCCAAGGAAAUCAAUGAUCGUCUCCUUAAAGCAAUCGGAUGCACCAACAACUGCAAAAACAGCAGCAUUGGGAGAUCAAGAUGAAUAUCCAGGCGAGGUUUUCGACACUUCCAGUGUGAAGUUGAGCAAUAAUCAAGAGCCAAGAAGCAGUUCCCCAGCUGGGCUGUCUUUACCAACCCGUGUCGGAUCUGGGCGUGGAGCUGGGACGGUCGGAAUAUCCCAAGAGCGUAAACUCAAAAAUGUUGGCCGUGUAGUGACUGGGACCCGCUCUAAUCCCAAAGGAAAGAUAAUGCGACUAGACUCGAAGAGCCGUGCCUCCCAGUUAAGAGACUUGAAGUCUGCAGACCAGCCAUUCAUGUCAAUGGCCCAAAGAUUGGCUCUCAGAGGGAGAAAGUUUAAGAUUGGGACGCGAAAAGCUACUGCCAGUGGUUUGUUGAACGUCAGGGACGAUGAAAUACAUGAUUCUGAAGCACCAGAGUCUGCGAAUAAAGAUUUGUGUCGAGUGGGAACGUCAGUGGCUGGUCGCACAGAAAGUAGCCGUCGUCAUGAGUCGCAAAAUCUGCUUGGUACACAAACAAGCCCGGCGGUCAAGGGACGAAUCACUGAUAUCUCAGACGAUGAACAACUACCCGUUUACAAACCGUCAGAUAUGCCCGUUAGCCAGAAAACUGUCGUUAGACUGACUGAUAUGGUGUCCAGCGAAGACGAGCAUGAGCAUGAGAGCACAGCAGACGCGGCGAUAGCAUCUAGCGAUGAAAGCAAUGACAGUGACAUCCCGGCAAGCUGGCUGGACAGCGGAGAACGUGCUCCAACCGAAUCAGGCUAUGCCGGCUGUCGUGGGGGAAAGAGGGGGGGAAGAAGAGGGAGAGGAAGGCCUAGAGGUCGCCCCCGUGGCCCGAGCCGCGGCCGCAGAACCAAUUCAUGA